GCACCCAAGAGCUCACAAACACGCACGAGCUCACAAACUUUGCCAUUCUAAUUUUCAUGCCCCCUGCUCUCCAACAUGUCUGAUUUAUCAAAAACAUCUCAACCGAUUGAAACGGUGGACCCAAUUAUCCUAUAUUCACGGUCUCUACACGAAUAUACGCUUCGCCUAUGGACGGAGUCGAGAAGGGUUGCAGAACAAAAUUCUAGCAAAAGGAGAGAGGCAAAGGUGUCUGAAGAAGAAGCAGAGAAGGAGGUGUCGGGUUGUCGAAAUCCGCCUGCAAGUCGGUAA